GGUAGAUGCUAUUAUUAUUUGCUCCCCUGGUGUGCCAGAAAGCCUCCAGGUUGGUCACAACUCUUUCUGGGCUCAGCAUGUAAGGGAAACUUCACCCACAUGAUAGCCAAGAAGUGUCAAAGAACACAGAAAAGUCAGAAGAAACCAAGACAUCUUGGACCACUAGAUGAUUCCUGGCAGGAAAGGCUGGCUGAUGUUGUGACGCCACUCUGGAGGCUGAGCCAUGAACAGCUCAAGCCUGUCAUCAGUGGCUACCGAAAUAAGUCCACCCUCUCUGUGAACUGAGGCCCAGAUGGCAAUCCAAAGACUGUGGGGUACUACCUGGGAACUUGGAGAGACAGGAACAUGGUCUGUGUACGGUCUAACCAUCUGAAAAACAUCCCCAAGAAACACAGUCAAGUGGCACAGUACUACAAAGUAUUCCUUCGACAGUCCCCAUUGGAGCCCUGCCUUCUGUUUCGUGAAGGUGGGUACUGGCGUGAGCUCAUAGCCCACACCAAUAGCCAAGGGCACACAAUGGCCAUCAUCACUUUCCAUCCCCAGGAAUUAAGGCAGGAGGAGCUCUGUGUUCAGAAGGAGACUGUAAAGAAUUUUUUCACCAAAGGACCAGGAGCAGUCUGUGACUUGACAUCACUUUACUUCCAGGAAAGCACUACGACCCGUUGCAGCCAUCAGCAGUCCCCCUACCAGCUCCUGUUUGGGGAACCCCACAUCUUUGAAGAUCUCCUGGGGUUGAAGAUCUGCAUCUCUCCAGAUGCCUUUUUCCAGGUUAACAUUGCUGGUGCAGAGAUACUGUAUCGGACUGUGGGGGAGCUGAGUGGAGUGAACUCUAACACCAUCCUCCUUGACAUCUGCUGUGUAACUGGUGUGAUUGGUCUCUCUCUGGCUCAGUAUACCUCCUAGGUCCUUGGGAUUGAGUUGGUGGAGCAGGCGGUAGAGGAUGCCAGGUGGACUGCAGCCUUCAAUGGCAUCACCAACUGUGAAUUCCAUACUGGUCGAGCAGAGAAGAUUUUGCCACAGAUACUAAAGUCAAAGGAAGAUGGGCAGUUAAUUGUUGCUGUAGUGAACCCAGCCCGGGCCGGGACUGCCAAUGUGUUUCUUCCUUUAGAUUACCAGGUGGUUCAAGCCAUUCGAAACUACAGGGCCAUCCGCAUACUAGUUUUUGUUUCCUGCAAGCCUCAUGGUGAAAUCACAAGGAACAUCAUUGAGUUGUGCUGUCCUCCAAACUCUGCUAAGAAGUUCCUUGGUGAGCCUUUCGUCCUAAGACAAGCUGUGCCUGUGGAUCUGUUCCCCCACACCCCGCACUGUGAGCUGGUGCUUCUCUUCACUCAAUAAGCAGCCUCCUACAAGCCUGCA